UUACGCUCCCACUGUCUUAGCACGCUCCCUCGCUAUGGCUUCGCUUACUCCUGGAAUCCUCCUAAAGCUCCUCCAAUCCAUGAAUUCAUCUUCCCGUGUCACCGGAGACCACCGCUCACCUCUCCUCCAAGUCAUCGGCAUCGUCCCUGCCCUCGCCGGCUCCCACGAUCUCUGUCCCAUCCACGGCUUCUACGUUCAACUCUCCGAUUCCCUCAACUCCACCUACGUCUCCCUCUCCGAGCGCGAUACUGAGUUAAUUCUCUCCAAUCGGCUCCAGCUAGGUCAGUUCGUUUACGUUGAACGCUUCCAUUUUGACUCCCCUGUGCCACGUGUCUCCGGUAUUCGACCGGUCGCCGGUCGGCACUCUUUCGUUGGUUCCCCUGACCCUCUCAUUGCCCGCAUUUCGUCUUCCCAAAGGGAUUUCGUUGUACAACCCGUAUCUGAAUCCGAAUUCUCCGUGGAUCCGGUUGUGGCUGAUCUGUCUCAUAUGAAAUUGGAGCGACAGAAAACUCCAGCCAAAAACAAGGAUUCAAAAAUCGCGAAGUCCAGAAAACGGCAGCCUCUCGCGCCCAGAGGUAAUACUGAAGGUAAUGAAAAUUUGCAAAGAUUUUCGUCUCCAGCAGCGGCGAAACGUUCGGUUUCAAAGAAAACAAAAGCGGCUGUUGCGGAAAGAGAUCCAUCUCCGGCGGGGAAAGUAAAGAGAUCGGCUUCUCCGGUACCAUCGAAAUCUGUGGUACCGACCUUGGUGGCAACGAAGGAAGAUGGAAAGAAAGUUGCGAGAGAGCCGGUGAUCAUAGUGCCUUCGAGGUAUAGGCAACCUUCGCCCAACGCAAGCAAGCAGGCAUCACCGAGUGCACGAAGACCAUCGCUUUCUCCGUCAAGGAGUUUGUCCGGUGGGUUGAAGGUUUCGCCGGUUGUAGCGGAUUCAAAGAAGAAAAUGGCAACGAUUGUUGCUGGGUUUUCGAAGGUGUCUGAAGCUUUGGUGGGUUCCGCCAAGAGUAGUAGGAAGAGCUGGGAUGAACAACCAGAGAAGGGUUCAGGGGAGCUGAGGCAGAAAGCGUCUGUUAAGACUAAGCCUGAUUUGCAAGCAAUUUUGCGGACUCAGACGGCCAUUUCAAGACGUUUAACUGAUGUACAUAGUCACAAAUCCAAUGACGAAAGUUCUACUAGCAAUGAGAAAAGGAAAGCUAGCCCACCUGAAGGUGGCUCCACCUUGGAGAAACCAGCAUGUGGCGGUGGGGCUUUGGGAAUCACCAUCCAUGAAAAGAAAUGGAGUGAUGGCAGUGUUUCAUGGGACACCCUUUCUGCUAACCUUGCAAUGCUUGGAAAGGAGGCUAUGCAAAGGAGAGUUGUUGCUUCUAAAACAGCAGCAGAGGCAUUGGAGGAGGCCAUUGCUACUGAGUCUCUUGUCAGGAAUUUAAGCAUGUUUUCAGAACUUUCCUCGAAGUCCAAGGUUGGGAAUCCCUUGCCGACCAUUGACCGAUUUCUAUCCAUUUACAACGAUGUCGAGAAGCAUACCGGGAUCGCUGAGACCAUCGCAGCUAACCACAAAUCCGACUCGGAAAAUCUGUCGACAAAGCACUCGAAAUCGUCUUCUCUAUGGGUGGAAGCUGCAGUGACAACUGAUCUUGAGAUAGUCUCCCUUUUGUCCCUUGAAAACAAUGAGUCUCUAUCAGCUUUGCAGAGACCCAAGAACCAACUCAAAGCUAGCUCAGUGCCACAACUACAGUGGAAACAUAAUGCUGACACGUGGACUAGAGGCGACGGUAUGGAAGAGACGGUGCACUUUGCAAUGAAGUUGAAAUCUGAGAUGCAAAUGUGGUUUGUUGGCUUCAUUGAGGAAUCCUUGAAAUCAUUACCUUUGGAUUGUGGUUCGAUAGCAAUGGUAUUAUCGCAGUUGAAACGGGUCAACGAUUGGUUAGACCGGGCGGUUGCAAAGGGGGAUGAACCAUUGGCAGACAAGGUUGAGAAAUUGAAGAGCAAAAUCUAUGGCUUUGUCAUUCAUCACGUGGGGACGCAACUAUCCUCCUCUUGAUUAUUAA